AUGAAUGAACGAGCCAAUAGGCUUGCUAGGCUGGCUAGCCAAAGGAAACCUGGGCAAUUGCAAAGCGUGAUUCAUCAGGAAAUCCUCCAACCCAGCAUCACCAAACAAGAGUGCAUGGACAUAGAAAAUACGCCUCAAAAUUGGAUGACCUCAAUCAUCCAAUACCUUACCAGCAACAGCUUACCAAAGGAUCCAGUUUCGGCUAAGAAAAUAAGAAUGCAUGCAGCUAAAUACCUCCUCCUCAGCAAAGACUUGUACAGAAGAGGGAUUUUAACACCUAUGCUUAAAUGUCUUGACGAUGACCAAGCUAGCUAUGUCAUGAGGGAGAUUCACGAAGGUAUCUGUGGUACCCAUUCGGGUGAACGAACCAUGGCAGCAAAAAUACUCAGAGCUGGGUACUAUUGGCCGACACUCGCCCAAGAUUGCCACGUGUUUGUAAGGAAAUGCAUCCCCUAUCAACAACACGGUCCUCACCUACACCAACAUGCCGACAUCCUCCGCCCUAUUAGCUCUCCUUGGCCCUUUUCUAUUUGGGGUAUGGACCUCAUCGGCCCUUUCCCCUUAGCAAAAUGA